CUCUGGCUAUGGAGGAGUCUCCGAUAAGGGAACGGGUGCUGGACGCCAAAUCAGAGGUCACCUGCCAGCUUAUAGAUUUUCAGUGGAAACUGGGCAUGGCUGUGAGCUCUGACAGCUGCAAGUAUCCGUACGUGGCAGUGAUGCUGAAAGUAGCCGAUCAUUCUGGCCAAGUGAACAGCAAGUCCAUCGAAAUGACAAUCCCACAGUUUCAGAAUUUCUACAGACAGUUCAAGGAAAUUGCUGCUGUAAUGGAAACUGUGUGAGAACUGACUUAUGAUUCUAAAGUAAUGGACUCUACUUUCCAAAAAAGAACUGCAUAUGGAUCAAAGAAUAUUUAUACAACGAAAAUUGCACUUCUGGGGCUGGAGAGAUGGCUCAGAGG